ACUCGGCACUCAGUUUACUACAAUCGCAAACCGACGCCGCAUGUCGUUUCGCGCGCCGUUUCGACCCGUGUGUAUGGUGUUAGUGGAAUAACAUAACAGCAAAUUGUUUUGUGCUGUGUUAUUAUUGUGUGAUAGUGUCAUACUGCUGGUGCGACCGAUCCGGUUCACAUUGUUGUGAUGCAUUUGAGGAUAUACCUAUGGCUGUCUUGUGUAGUCCUCGCAGGAUACGUUCGAGCGACAGAGGACGCUGCCGCAGAAAAACCAACAGAAGAAACUGUAGUUCAAAUCCAAAACGACGUCCACUCGCCGCAGGACCCCGACCUGUUCAUCGACACUGCUGAUGAUGGCUCGGGCCUAGACACAGACGAGAGCUCGGGCUCCGGGUGGGGAGCUGGCCCCGGCCCCGACGACGAGGACGGCCGAGGAUCAGGUGAAGAGCCCUUCGGACCCCCCGAUGACGAAGACUAUGGCAUCACCACCACCGACAAAGACGAAACAGAACGCACCAUCGUUGAAACUGCUAUCACACCUGAAAGUCCGGAUUCCGACGACAUAGAUAUCCCUGAGCCUACAGAAGCUCCUGUCGUUCCCGAAGUGGAACCCCCGCUCCAAACACCAACAGACCCCAAGCCGAUCGAUGUGCUCAUUCCUACAACAAGGAUCAGGCAAGAAGGGACCUCCGAGGAGGGCAGAGGCGCGGGGGAGGAGCAACCCUCGCGCCCGGAGACAGACAUCAGCAUCUCUGGCGAGGAUCUCGUGCCACCAGUCGACCAGGAGCCUUCAGGCAGCAACGUGAACCAGGACACGAGGGCGCCAGACAAAGUGGUCAUCAUGAACGCGAAGCCCGAAGACCGUGCCACCAGCUUCUUCGCGCAGCCUGGCAUUCUCGCCGCCGUGAUUGGCGGUGCAGUAGUAGGGCUACUAUGUGCAAUCCUGGUGGUGAUGUUCAUAGUAUAUCGAAUGCGCAAGAAGGACGAGGGGUCGUACGCGCUCGACGAGCCCAAGAGAAGCCCUGCCGCAGCGUCGUACGGCAAGGGUCACAACAACCGCGAGUUCUACGCGUGAGACGACACAGAGCAACCAACGCCACGUAUUUACUAGUCGCCGGUCACGCCUCGACUGACCGGUCAACCGUCUGCAGACCAGCCAUUCCAUUUUUAAAUUUUGACAGUUACACACCAUACCACGCGAAACGCGCGGCAAAAUAAGCAAAAGUAAUUUAUUAAUUUAUGAACGUGGCUAAAAUUGUUCUGUGAUUAUUAUUUAAAAAAUUACGAUCGAUGAAAUUAUUUAUUGUUCUAUAAAUGUUUGACAUGGAUACAUUUGUAAUGUACGGCAUGUACAGUGAUGUACAAGCCCGGUACAAAAGAUACAGAAUAUUUUCUGUACGAGAUGACAGCAUGAUAGAAAUUAAAUUGUUAUUAAAUUAUCAUCUUUGAGACCAAGUUUUUUAAUCAUUUGUGUGAUGAUUUGAAAUGGUGUUUAUCAGAGGUGUGAGUCUCUGUUGGAAGACCAAUGUGGUUCGCAUGUAUUGUUCUGAAUGAUCGAUCUUGUCUGUAAAAUAUGAAUUUUGUGCCAUCCGCUUUCCUUCAACUGUAUAUUGCCAACUCUCUUCGCAUAGACUAUGGAGUCUUGAAUAUUGUUUGUGGACACGUCCAUAUCUACGACUAUUACGUGUAAUAUAAUUAUGUAUGUGUGUAUGUAUUUAGAUCGAACUCUCUAAAAAAUAAGUAGAUUUUGUAAUAUUUUGCUUCCAGUUUGUCAUCGAAAUUAUUAUUUUUUUACUGAACAAAUAUUGUACCUAUUUAUCAAUAUACAAUACCGACAUUGAUUUAUACUUGACAUCUACUUCAUACCAUAAACAAUUGGGUUUUAUUUUUAGUUUUAAGACACUAAUUUUAUUUAAGAUUUUUGUUGUCACCUUGGGGUUAAUUAUUUUAGGAAUUGACGUAUCUCUAUUAUUUAGAUUGUUUUUUUAAUUUAGUUUUAGAUAUUUUAAUCUCAUUUUAUUUGAUUGUAAUUUCUGGAAAUAGGUUGUGCAUCGAUUUCUUUUACUUUGUAAUUUUGCUUGUGUGCCAUCUUCGAAUUUCAAAUACUUUUAAAAAAUCGUUGACAUUAGUAAAUAAGACGUUUAUGGAAUGCACUUGUGUUGUUUAUGGUCACAGAUAUAUUCUAGAAUAAUCAAGGCACACGUUUACAUGUCAGAAAAUGAGUCAAAAAUAAGCCAUUCCUUUCAAAUUCAACGAAAUAUUUACUAAUGCAAACGCAAAUAGCCAGUGUUAUUUAAUUCAAUUAAUUUAAGUAACACAUUGUGUCAAUUAAUUUAUUUAAAUUAAUAGAAAAAUUACAUGGAUCACUGUAAUUAACGAGAUUGUUAAUAGCAAAAUGUUUAAUUGUUUUUUAAUAGUUCACUGCAAUACUACUUAUACGUGUAGCUGAUACUGGAUAUAAAUGAAACAUUCAGUGUAUAAAUAUAUGAAAGAAGUCGAAAUUUAAAACAUUUCAUUAGAAACUUAGUUAUUGGGAAACACUCCUGUUUUAGAUUUUUCUAGAUCUCAACCGCAUCGAAAUUACUUUAAAUUCACAAUAAUCAUAAAAUCGGUGGUAAAUCCCAGUUUCGAACAAAGAAAUGAGGUAAAAACAAAUUGAGGUCAUUGUCGAACGCGAAUGUUAAAGCCUAAUCAUUCGUUCCCUCAGCGCUCACAAUUAGAACGUAGCUGGAUCGAAAAAGGACAAAGAAUUGAGACCUACAACAACAUCGAUGCUUCCAAUAAAAUGGCACUAAAUUUUUAUACUUAUUCAGCAUAUAAUUCAAUCAAGCGGCUGAUUUCCAGAAAAAUCUAACAAAAAAAAACUAAAUAUCCAAAUACAUUCCUAUCGGAUUGGUACAUUUAAGCUGUAGAGAGUUAACGCUCGUUAGAAAUAAGAAAUUUGUACAUUGUAAUUGUAAAUUCUUUUAGAAGUUAAUAAAACUGAGUAAUUUAUACGGUAAUAAUAUUGUGUAACCAAAUAUAACUAGUUUGUACCUACUAACGUGUUUUGUUGCAACUCUGUUUAUGAUAAUCAUUGGUUGCUUGAAUGCAUUCAUUAAAUUAUAUCACGCAUGAACAAAAAGUCUAACAGAUAGUAUCUAUUAAUCUAUGGUGAACAACGAACUAUGUAGUCGUAAUCUAUGGUAGAAACAAACUAUAAAAUAUACCCAGAAUAAAAUGCUACUAUUCAACCAUAGUCAAGAACCAUCAUUCGAAUUUUAAAUAAGGACAUCGAUACUAAUAUUAUAAAGAGGAAAGAAUUUAGCAAUGUGCAGUAGUUCCCACAGGACGCGAUAUGAUUACAAAGUUCGCUGUUUAAUUAUUACAUGCGUUCAUUUCAAUAAACACAGGCAACCUACAAGUAGUAUGAUUACUUGAGGCUUAGAAAAAUAAAAACUAAAAAGAGCUCGUUGAAGUGAAUGCAAAGUUAAAAAAAAAAAAAAAAUCUUUGCUUAUAUAACAUAUCCGAUCGUAUACAUAGGCGCUAGCCGCUGUUUUGACAACGAAAGCGUUGAAAUGCAAUUAAUUUAAUGUUAAAUUAUCGAAUUUUAUUUGUAAUUUAUAUAUUUAAAUAAUAUUUGAUUUUUUGUGACAAUUUAAAAUAUUGAAAUAAAAAUAUGCUUCAGAUAGGAGUUUUUUAGUUAUUAAUUUGUAAUACUUAAAUAUGUAUUUAUUUUUAACUGAAAACAAUUAACUUGAAGACAAUUCGUCAUUGAAAAUGUAUUUUUUCUUUUAUUUACGCCGUACCAGAGUAUAUACCUAUGCCUAGGUAAACCUUUUUUUAAAGCCUGAAUAAAAAUAAUAGCAAAAUGUUCUUGAUUCAUUUAUUCCGUAUAAAUAAAAGGUGCUGAUAUGUACACUAUAAUCCUAAGCUGUUAAAACCUGCAUUCAUUAAUUUGUUGAAUUGAUAAAAUAUUAAAUCAAUAAGUAAAAAGUUUAUGACCAUUGUUACAAUACCUGCGUUUGCAAAAAUUCAAUUUUUUAUCAAAAAUCUAAUUUGUGAACUAUGCAAAUAAAAUUUAGAUACCGGCCGCAAAAAAAUACUAGUCCGUAAAAUUAAUUUUGGUUUAACAAAAGAGGCUAAUAUUUCUGUAACAUUUCUUUUUGUUUCUGUCAGCUAAUAAUCCAUUGCUUAUAAAUGUUUUGUUUUUCUUUAUUUUAAUCUCAUGUUUUGUAUCUUGUAAGGAGGUAAGCUAGGAUAAGCGUAUACAUAAUUAUCGAUGUCCACCUUGUAAAUAAUUCUCCUUUACACUUAGGUAAAUAUACAGGAUAUUAUGAACAA